AAAAAAUAAUAAUAAUAAUAAUAAUAAUAACGUUUUGAGAAAUGAAAAAUACGUUGCCUUCUUUCAAGUUUGAAUCCUCCACCAUUCACUCACCAUUCUCCAUCUCCGUAUCCCUCUCUGUGAAUGGCGCUCUCUUCCAGAUUUUGGCGCCUAAAUCUUUUCCCAAAACCUUCACUUUCCCCCUUACAAACCACUCUCAAAUCCCUAAAACCCCUCCGACAAAAACUUUGUCCAAUCCUUUCACUUCCCAUUUCUUCUUCUUCUUCUUCUUCAUUGAACUCCUCCAAUUCCCUUUUCUCGACAUCGAAAAGUUCUGCCUUUUCGGAACCUCACAGUCGAACUCCAUCUCCCCAAGAUGAUCUUAUUGUUCUGGGAAUCGAAACGAGCUGCGACGACACCGCCGCCGCUAUCGUGAGAGGCAAUGGUGAAAUCCUCAGCCAAGUUGUGUCUUCUCAGGCAGAUUUGCUUGCUCAAUAUGGAGGUGUUGCUCCAAAAAUGGCAGAGGAAGCACAUUUGCAGGUGAUUGAUAAGGUUGUGCAAGAAGCACUUGACAAAGCUAAGUUAACUGAGACGAAUUUAUCUGCAGUGGCGGUUACUAUUGGUCCCGGUUUAGGCCUUUGUCUUCGUGUUGGUGUGCGGAAAGCUCGUGAAAUUGCUGGUAGAUGUAACUUACCGAUCAUUGGUGUACAUCACAUGGAGGCUCAUGCUCUUGUAGCCAGGUUAACGGAAAGAGAGUUGCAAUUUCCUUUCAUGGCCUUGCUUAUUUCAGGAGGACAUAAUCUACUCAUCCUUGCUCGUGAUCUUGGUCAGUAUGUACAACUUGGCACCACAAUAGAUGAUGCAAUUGGCGAGGCAUAUGACAAGACUGCAAAAUGGCUUGGCCUUGACUUGAGGAGAAGUGGUGGGCCAGCUAUUGAAGAGCUUGCUCGUGAGGGUGAUGCCAAAUCAGUCAAAUUCUCGACCCCAAUGAAACAACACAAGGAUUGCAACUUCUCGUACGCUGGUCUGAAGACUCAAGUGAGACUGGCAAUUGAAUCUAAAAAUAUUAAUACUACAAUUCCUCUUUCCUCAGCAAGUAGCGAAGAUAGAAGGAUUCGAGCUGAUAUUGCUGCUUCUUUUCAGCGAGUCGCGGUGUUACAUCUAGAGGAAAGGUGUGAGCGAGCAAUUGAAUGGGCCCUGAAAAUUGAACCUUCUGUAAAACAUUUGGUUGUCUCCGGAGGCGUUGCAUCAAAUCAAUAUGUUCGGUCUCGCCUUGAUCAGGUUGUCAAGAAAAAUAGCUUACAACUAGUCUGUCCUCCUCCCUGCCUUUGUACUGACAACGGUGUAAUGGUGGCUUGGACUGGCAUUGAGAACUUUCGUAUGGGAAGAUUUGAUCCACCACCACCUGCAGAUGAACCUGAAGAUAUUGUGUACGAAUUGCGGCCAAGGUGGCCAUUGGGGGAGGAAUAUGCUGAGGGUAGAAGUGAAGCUCGCUCAAUAAGAACGGCCCGCAUGCAUCCUUCUCUGACGUCUAUGAUCCAAGAAUCUUUGCAACAGCAACCGUAGUCUUCAUGUUCUGAAUCUGCAGCCACUUCAUGGCGCUCCACAGUUCAACCCAUCCUACAACUCAAAUUGAUGUUUAGAUGAUAGUAUGGUUGACUCGAACUGAACCACCUAUCUAACAGUGAACGGAAGAUUGAUCACAAGUGUGGCUCUAGCUAAACGACUGGCCAUUGACAUCAAGAAAAUGUCCUGUAAUGUUCGUGAUGCCCCUUAAAUACGGUUCAAAAAUCCUUGCAGGAGAGGAGCUUCUUACAUUGCCCAUGUAAUAUAACAUUGGUUGUGUUAAACUACUGAGCUAGGUCCGCCAUUUUGCAAGUGAGAUUUUUCUCUGAAGAGUUAUACCGUACCUGUAUAGUUUGUGACUCUGGAAGCAGAAUACGAUUAUUUUGUUUUGUUCAUUCACUUGAAUAAUAUUUGAUGGCCAAUGACCAUA